AUGCCUGUUUCAACUCUUUUGCCUUUCACAGCUACCCCGAGUAGGAAGUCUGCCAACCCGACCUCCUUCAGGUUGACGGAGAAAUUCAUUCUGCUUUUGGUCUUCAGCGCCUUCAUUACGCUAUGUUUUGGUGCAAUUUUCUUUCUGCCCGACUCGUCUAAGCUGCUCAGCGGAGUUUUCUUCCAUUCCUCCGCCGUGGAGACGAACACCCGCACCGGUCCGGACGGCGGCGGAGGGGAGUCCGGCUCGGCUGGACACGAUGAGAAGGUCCUGGCCAAAAUCAAGAAGGACCACGAAAAAGCUCUGCUGGAGGCUAAGGAUACUCUACAGAAGCGUCCCGAUGAAAUCAAGCAGGACAUUUUAAUUGAGAAGGAGAAAGUUGCUAAGGAGAGUUUGGCUCAAGGUGGGAAGGCUGGCAAUGAUUUACCUUACAUCGAGUACCAGAGACCCCCGGGGGCCACGGGACACGAACCGGAGGACCCCACAGCCAAGGAACGGCGGGGGAAAAUUAAACAGAUGAUGAAACAUGCGUGGGACAGCUACCGACUCUAUGCCUGGGGUUCCAAUGAGCUCCGGCCUGUCUCCAAGCAGGGCCACUCCAGCAAUCUGUUUGGAAGCAUCAAAGGCGCCACCAUCGUGGACGCUCUGGACACGCUGUACAUCAUGGAGAUGUUCGACGAAUUCGACGCCGCCACCGAGUGGGUAGAGAAGAACCUCGACUUCAACGUGAAUGCCGAAGUAUCCGUUUUUGAGGUCAACAUCCGCUUUGUGGGAGGACUUUUGUCGGCGUACUAUUUAUCCGGCAAAGAGGUUUAUCGCAGAAAAGCAGUGGAAUUGGGCGAAAAAUUGCUCCCGGCGUUUAAAACGCCCACCGGAAUCCCGUGGGCUCUGCUCAACCUCAAAAGUGGGCUCGGACGCAACUGGCCGUGGGCGUCGGGUGGCAGCAGCAUCCUGGCCGAGUACGGAACGCUGCAUUUGGAGUUUAUGCAUCUCAGCAAACUGUCGGGAAACCCAGAAUUUGCUCAGAAGGUGAUGAACAUCCGCAAAGUUCUGAAUCGUUUGGAUAAACCCCAGGGACUGUACCCUAACUACCUUAACCCAAACAGCGGCCAGUGGGGUCAACAUCAUGUUUCCGUGGGCGGCCUCGGUGACAGCUUUUACGAGUACCUGCUCAAAGCCUGGCUCAUGUCUGACAAGACUGACGAGGAGGCCAAGAAGAUGUAUUAUGACGCCCUGCAGGCCAUUGAAACCAGCCUAAUAAGAAAGUCUAGCGGUGGAUUGACUUACAUCGCCGAGUGGAAGGGAGGCCUUCUGGAGCACAAAAUGGGUCACCUGACCUGCUUCGCCGGCGGCAUGGUGGCCCUCGGUGCAGACGGCGCUCCCGACGACAAGACGGGCCACCAGAUAGAACAAGCGGCUGAGAUCGCAAGGACCUGCCACGAGUCCUACACAAGAACCGCUUUGAAACUUGGCCCUGAAGCAUUCCGUUUCGACGGUGGCGUGGAGGCCAUCGCCACCAGGCAGAACGAGAAGUACUUCAUCCUACGGCCUGAAGUCAUCGAAACAUACAUGUACAUGUGGAGGUUCACCCAUGACCCUAAAUACAGAGAAUGGGGCUGGGAAGCUGUUGAGGCUUUGGAGAAGCACUGCAAGGUGGAAGGGGGCUACAGCGGCGUCCGAGACGUUUACGCGUCGACGCCCAACCAUGACAAUGUGCAACAGAGCUUCUUUCUGGCCGAGACGCUCAAGUAUUUGUACCUGCUGUUUUCCGACGACGACCAGAUCUCGUUGGAGCAUUGGGUAUUCAACACGGAGGCCCAUCCUUUGCCCGUCAUCCGGAAGGAACCGCCAGAGCGGACCAACGAGGUGGAGUAG